AUGUGGAGAAAUGAAUCAGCGAUUGUGAUUGGCAGACACCAAAAUCCAUGGCUGGAAUGCAAUGUUCCAGAAGCUAGGAAACAAGGCAUUUCAUUGGUUAGACGAAAGAGUGGUGGAGGAACUGUGUAUCAUGAUAAAGGCAAUUUGAACUGUUCGGUUUUGACCAAUCGCAAGAUGUAUAACAGAAAAGAGAACCUGGAUCUGGUUGUUAAGGCCAUCCAGUCAAAAUGGGAUAUUCCACUGGUGGUCAACUCUAGAGAUGAUAUUAUGAUGGAUGGGUUGUACAAGAUUUCAGGCACCGCUGCAAAGCUUGGGGGAAAGCGAGCCUAUCACCACUUCACACUCCUGUUUGACGCAGAGCUGGGCAAGAUACCAGGCCUGUUACAAAGCCCCAUGAUGGGCAGUGACACGAAAGCAACCGGUAGCGUUCCUUCACAGGUAAUGAAUCUAACGGACGCUGACCGCAGUGUGGAUUUUGACUCCCUGACAUCAGCAAUAGCCAAACAAUAUCUAGACAAGCAGGACGGUCAGAUGAGACCAUUACUUCCCACAGAGAAAGAGUUCCCGGGAAUUGAGGAGAAAAUCAAGGAACUAUGUGAUUCAAACUGGACAUUCAACAAGACCCCAAAAUUUUCUAUUGUAAGAGAGUUUGUAUUUUCUGGUGGAUCGAAAGGCGCUAAAACAAGUGGAGAGGAUACAAAACUUAAAAUUAAUGUGCUGAUCGACAAAGGCAGAAUCACAACAGUUGAGUUUAGAACUGCAGGUGUGCAGUGUGCACAAGCGCAGUGGGCCCUAAAGGAAGUACAAAGUAAUCUGACGGAGCGAAAUGUGAAUUCGCAGCUGAUCACAGAAUGUGUUGUAAAGGUUGAAAAGAAAGCUGCAUUUCUUUCACAUGAGGAGAAAAAAAUGUUAAAUAUUGACGAGUGCCGCGGCCGACACCAUUGUCACACUCAGGCAAGGUGUGUUAACACUGACGGAAGCUACACCUGUGAGUGUCUGGAAGGCUACGAGGGGGACGGGCAGAACUGCGCCAUUUCCAGAAUUGUGGAUGCUUUGGAAUAUUUCGGAAUUGGAUUAGCAAUCUUGGCAUCCCUUAUGACCGCAUUGAUUUUAGGGUGGUUGAUACGACGAAGACGGAGAAGAUCAAGCCCGCUCGUUGAGGAGUAUAAUCCAGCGGAUAAUCCGGCAGUCGAUGAUCAAGGUGUUACCAUAGAACCUAUACGUGCUGACGUUUCAACGCCAGUAAGAGCUGAUCUAGAACAAGGUAAUAGGUCAAGAGGUUUAACGCCGGAAACUACAUCGCCAGAAACAUCUAAUUCAGGCGCAACGCUCUCGCAGCAGUUUGGCGAAGCAACGUCAACGUCGCAACCUUUGAUCGACACCUCGACGUCAGACACUGAAGCGUCCCCUGACGUCAUUACUCCCACUACGUCUGACAAUGUUCACUCCGAGGCUAGUCAGUUUUCUGCGCAUACUGGUAAUGAAGGGUUGGCUGCAAGUGCACUGGGUCGACAACAGAACGCCGGUCUUGGAGAGAGCGUUGGGGACGCUGGAAGAGGUUCUGUACCAAGCCCACAGUCUACGUCACAGGCCAAUACAGCGUUGGACGCCACACUCCCUGUUAUCGAUGAAAUAGAGGUUUGGCAGGGGUCUACGCGAACCGGAUAG